AUGGAUCGCCGCGAAAUCACCCUGGAGGCUGACAAAACCCAUCAAAAUCGUCUCUCCAGCGUCACUGAGGAGGAGGAAGAACAAGAUCCGGCUUACACAAUUGUGACCGUCCUGGACAAAGUGGCCAACAUUGUGGACAGUGUACAGGCGAGCCAGAAAAGGAUAGAGGAGAGGCACAGGGAGAUGGAAAACACCAUCAAGACCAUACAGAUUGACAUUUUAAAGCUUGCCCAGGCUCAUGGCAAUACAGGCUACACGGUGAACAAGUUGCUGGAGAAAACCCGCAAAAUCAGCUCCAGCAUGAAGGAGGUGCGGGCGCGGGUGGAGAGGCAGAGCACCAGCGUGCGGAAGGUGGAAGCCAAACAGGAGGAGAUGCUGAUGAAAAACAAAUUCCGGGUCGUAAUCUAUCAGGAGGAAAGCGAGUGUCCUUCAUCUCUCUCUGUUAUCAAAGAGAGGACAGCAGGUGAAACUCUAGAGGAUGAUUUCUUCCCACCUGAUGAUCUGUCUUCUGACGAAGAAUAUUAUAUCGAAGAAAGCAAAGCAACCCAGUUCAAGAAGUCAGGCAUGAGGCGCAUAGAUGAUAUCAAAAAGGCAUUUUCAAGGGAAAAUAUCCAAAAGACAAGACAAAAUUUUGGCAAGAAGGUAAACAGGCUUCGGACUAGGAUAGUGACCCCCGAGAGGAGAGAGAGGAUCAGGCAGUCAGGAGAGAGACUGAAACAAUCUGGCAUAAGGAUCAAGAAAACUAUUUCACAAGCGGCACCAACAAAGGAGACGUUCAAGAUCCAUAAAAGAAAUAAGGAACGAACAGGAGCUGAAGGUCAGGAGGGGAUCCAGGAGGCCGGUGUGCACAUAGCCUCAGAGCUCCCAGCAGCAGAGCCCUUCACGGAAGAAAUCUCCUACACUGAAGUGAUCACUAAAGUGAAGAAAGAUAAGAACAGUGCAACAAAAGGUGCUUCCCAGUCAACUGAAAAAGGAGCCACAAUCCCAGAAGUUGUUCUUAAGCAGGAAGGAAAAGAAGGAGGAGGAAGUGAUGAUAUCCCUUUGCUAGACUUAAAGCAAUCAGCAUAUGGAAUCAAUUAG